GAUGACAAAAACACCGAGCGUAAAACCGGGGAGAACGGGCGAUUCCGCCGCUUUCCGUUUUCGCCCUGGUUGGGAAUUUACCGAUGCGCCCUCCCGCGGACGGAAGCGGAGCCUUUUGAGGGCAGGACCGAGACGCGUUCUCCGGCAGGAAACAUGUCCGCGGGCCGGCCGUUCCGCGGGUGCGCCUGCUUCUUCACCGACAACAUCUUCGUGGGGCGGUUCGGGCUCCACGUGCGGUACCGGGACGAGCAGCAGCUCCGCCGGGACCACGGCCGGGCGCUGCGGGAGCGCGGCUGCCGGAGCGAGGAGCAGUUCCGGGAGGUGCUGAAGGAGAUUGAGGCAGAAGUGCAGAGGAGGAAACAGUUACCCCAGCAGUCAGUGGAACGCAGAGCCAUCAUCUCCAAGUGCUACAAACCAAAACACCCAGAGGUGUACACGCUGCAGGACUCCUUCCUGGCCCCAGAGUUUCUGGAAAUCGAGAGGUUCUGCACAUCUCCAGGUGCUGAUCUCCAGGGCCUCCUGAGCUACCUCGAGUCCUUCUCAGACAAGAGGAUCUAUCGGCUCCCAGUGUUCACACAGCACUUCUGCCAGGCCCUGCUGGAUGAGCUGGAGAACUUUGAGCAGUCAGACAUGCCUAAGGGCAGGCCCAACACCAUGAACAACUACGGGGUUCUGCUCAGCGAGCUGGGCAUGGACGAGCGGCUCCUGACGCCGCUGCGGGAGCGGCUGCGGCCGCUGACGGCGCUGCUGUACCCGGAGCUGGGCGGGGCCGGCCUCGACAGCCACCGAGCCUUCGCCGUCAAGUACGCCCUGCACCAGGACCUGGACCUCAGCUUCCACUACGACAACGCCGAGGUCACCUUGAACGUUUCCCUGGGAAAAGAAUUCACAGAGGGAAAUUUGUACUUUGGGGAGUUCAACGAGGACCCCAGCGCGGUGCCGCGGUACAUCGAGGUGGAGCACGUGUGGGGCCGGGGGCUGCUGCACCGGGGGGGGCAGAUGCACGGGGCGCUGCCCAUCGCCUCGGGGGAGCGCUGGAACCUCAUCGUGUGGAUGAGAUCGUCGGCCGUGCGCAACCGCCUCUGCCCCAUGUGCCGCAGGAAACCCGAGCUGGUGCCGGCCGAGGGCUUCGGGGACGGCUUCACCGAGGGGGAGGAGCAGCCCGGGACCGUCAGCGUCUGUGCCCUGGGCUAGCGGGGGCAUUCCCCACACCGAGCUGCCCAAAGCUCCUCCCUGACUCCCAGGCUGCACAAGGAGCAGCUCUGACCUCGGGAAGGGAUGCCAAGCC